AUGCCAAUAGAAAGUGGAAGUUGUGCAUCUGCUCGCCAAGCAAAGCAGAAACGUAAAUCGCACAGUCUUUCAAUCCGAAGAACCAACAGUUCUGAGCAAGAACGGGCAGGACUGCAGAGAGACAUGUUGGAAGGGCAGGAUUCCAAACUACCAUCUUCUGUCCGGAAUACACUCCUUGAACUUUUUGGACAAAUAGAGCGGGAGUUUGAAAACCUGUAUAUUGAAAACUUGGAGUUGCGCAGAGAGAUUGAUACACUGAAUGAGCGUUUAGCAGCCGAAGGACAGACAAUUGAUGGAGCUGAACUGAGCAAAGGACAACUGAAAACAAAAGCCAGUCAUAGUACCAGUCAGCUUUCUCAGAAAUUAAAGACAACUUACAAGGCAUCUACUAGCAAGAUUGUAUCCAGUUUUAAAACUACAACAUCAAGGGCAAUCUGUCAACUGGUAAAGGAAUAUGUUGGCCACAGGGAUGGUAUUUGGGAUGUCAGUGUCGCGAAAACUCAACCAGUGGUGUUGGGAACUGCAUCUGCUGAUCACACUGCUUUGCUGUGGAGCAUAGAAACAGGGAAGUGCCUUGUCAAGUAUGUAGGGCAUGUUGGAUCAG